AGUUGGCACUCAACAGUCGUUGAGUCAAGUUGCUUUUGUUUUUUGCUUUCAUCAUAUUCUAAUAUGCACACAGGCAGCAUAUUAUAAUAACGCGCGCGCUCUUCUAUUCCCAUAUGCUUAUACAAUAGCAGCAAUAAUAAUAGUAUUGAAACGAAAAAGAAAACAACAGCAACAACAACAAUAACAACAAUAACAACGAUAAGGAGAAAUAGAGAAAUAGCAUCAAGUCAUUCUGUUUCCCUCAUGUAACACAGAAGCAGUUGAAGAAAAUUUUCUUCUGUUAGCAGUGACUGUGUCAGCUCUAAUCUACAGGGUUACCCCACACAAUAACUGAAAAACACUUGCAUUUUCAAUUAGACAAAAACAACAAACAACAUAACGACGACCGACUUGUUAUCAACUAUUGCGGCUGGUGUUGGUACGGCAAGUGUUGCAGCACCUAAUACCGCCAUCAUCAUUAAUCAUCAUAACAACAACAAUAAUCAACACAUUGACGUUGAAGCUGCUGACGCUGCCACACCAAUAACACCAUCUUGCUUUAGCCAAAUUGUCAACAGCAGCAUGAGCAGCCGCAAAGAUGAUCCCGUAUUUAAUGUUAAAUUUGUGCAGUUGGUGGAAUCAAAGCCGUGCCUUUGGAAUUCCACACUGCCCGAGUAUAGUAAAAAGGAUGAAAUACAAAAAGCCUGGCAAGAGGUGGCGAACGAAACAAAAGAUACGGUACGAAAUUGUCGGGAACGUUGGCGUACAAUACGUAGCAGUUUCUUGCGAUCGUUGAAACUAUCACGUACCAGUACUGGCCGCGGUAAACGUAAAUACUAUCUGUCCAAAUAUUUGCAAUUCCUUAUACCCUAUACGAAAACGCGAUUAAAGAAUAGCGCUAGCAUUAUAGCCCAACGUAAAGCAGCAGCCCAGGGCAAUAUACCGAGUCCACCGCCUAUGACACGGAUUAGCAAUAUGCCGAUGCCGGUGGUGAGUAGUGAUGAAACCAAAGAUUCAAGUAAUUCAACGGAAGUAGCGGCCAUAGCAGAAGGAGAUGUCGUCGUAUCGUUGCAUGAGGGCGCAGCCAUGAUAGCCAAUCUUAGCAUGAGUGGGCAACAUGCACCAAUACCUUUACCACAGCCACUGCCACGUUUGCAUGCCAUCAAACAAGAGCAAGAUAUAAUAAAUGCUAACCAAGCUAAUGUUGCAGCGUCUGCCAAUUUAUCGUCAACAUCGGAUUUGCAACGAAGAUUUGGCAGCAUAUUGGGCGGUGGCUCGAAUACAGGGCACAUUAGCAGCACAAAUAAUCAUAAUUCAGCCUCGGCCACCAAUCCGGCAUUGAAUGGUAGCGGCUGUAGUGGUACCGGUGGCGGUGGUAAUGCUGGUGGUAAUAGUAGUGGUGGAAAUGUUUGCGUUAGUGGUAGCGGUUCUUUCCCACCAGCGGAACAACAGCGUAGUACAAGUACCGUCCCUGCUGUUGAUUUAACCGAAUUUGCCGAAUGGAUUAAAUGUAAGCAUGAACAUCAGCGCCACUGUUUAAUGACCGGCACAAGCAGCAGCAAUACUAACACUAUUACGACUACAACCACUCAUAACCAUAGCAACAGUAACCACCAAAACAACAAUGCACCAGAUGCUGAUCAAUCGUUUCUAAAUAGUUUGCAUCCGUUUUUGAAGGAAAUGUCGGGCAAACAAAAUCGCCGAUUUCGUCAAAAGGUUGUGGCCUUAAUCGAUGCCAUAUUAGAUAAUACAGAUUGAAGCCAUAAUUUGCAAACAACACCGCAUCCAUGAACAUAGACAUGCACAUAUAUGUAUAAUUAUUCUCACUAUACCGUAUAAUCUGUAAAUUUUUCUUCCUUUUUUUUUUUUAUUUUUUUUUAUUUUUAUCUUUUUCUUCAUUUUAAUGUAAUUUUAAAUUUAAAAAAAUAAUACAUAAUAUUAUCUACCAUACGUUAGUAAUGCUUUUUUGUAGGAAAAGAAAACGCAAGGGAAUGAAAUGGUUUUCAUAAAUUGUUAAAAUAUACUUUAUUGUUAAAUUUUGUUGUUUUUGUAAUUUUUAACAAGUAUUUCAAGAUACCACUUGUAUCUCUGAUAUCCUCACUUAUAAAUG